AUGUCUGCCAACUUGCUUACCUUGCUUGGGAACAUCACCCUCGAUACGGGUGGUUGCCCUCAUCCUUUCAUCAGUGAAAGUCUAUAUCCAUAUACCGAAGGCNNUGUAAACCUCAACGGCCGCAACUGUGCAAAAAACCCUCUGGACUUUACAGGCCAUGGCUCGAAAUGCUGUGUACCUUGCCCACUCUCGGACUGGGUAAACUCGUCCAGUUUCCCUGGUCUCGCUGACGGCGCGGCAUGGGUAAACGUCACUGGCCUCAUCCUCUGCGGGUUUCUGCUGGUAUCCUACCUCGUGCUUCCCGCGGCUGCAACAAGACGCUCAUUCCUCAAUAUCGCGUUGCUUGCUGGUAUAAUGAUCAUGGAACUCGGCUUCAUCAUCCCACUGGGUCAGAAGCCUGAACAAUGCUUCGAUCCAGUUACGCCGAAUGACAUGAACAGUCAAAAUGCUUGUGCGGUGACAGGAGGCUUUGUGGUGUUUGGCGGCAUGUUGACCGUAUGUUGGAUCGUGGUGCGCUCGGUGUUUAUGCACCUGCAGAUUUGCUGGGACAUUGUGCCUGGGCGUGUGGCCAUGAUUGCUGCGAACAUUGCGGCUUGGUCGGUUACGAUCGCACUCACGGCGGCGGUGUUGGCUAAAGUGGGUGUGUCGUAUCGCUUUGGUGGGUACUGCCAUGUCAAUGUGGGCUCUACAUCGACUUACUGGGGCUGGAUGAUUGGGUUCGGCGGUGUGGCUUUGCUGCUGCAGUUUGCUACGUUCGUCUACUGCGCAAAGGUAUACCUGACAGCCGCCAUGCAUGGUCGUCAACCGCCUUCCUCCAGCAACGCGACAAAUUCCGUCAAGUCGGCGAGCAGCAAACGACAAGCGUGGACUUCGGUCAGGCGACUCAAGCAAGUGCUGCUCCUGCAAUGGCGAUCGCUCGCCAUUGUCGCCUUGGCCAUCUUCGUCAUCGCCUUUGUGUGUAUCAUCUUCAUCUUCCAAGUCGACUCUUACACCACCAGCACCUUUGCCGACCCUACGAAAGUUAUCCCUUGGGUGCUGUGUAUCCUCCAGCAACGCAGUACAGACAAAUGCCUGCCGUUGAUCCAGAAACUCAUCUUGCCGCAGUCAAUGGCGGUGGCGGUGUUGUAUGUGAUUGCGUUUGUGGGUAUAGAGGCUUUCGUCCUGCUCUUCAAGCCCGAAAUCUUCAAGGCGUGGUGGAGAUUUCUCAACAGUCCGUUCGAUAGCAGGAGGAAUAGCAGCACGUCGAGUCAGAACCCGAGUUGGUUGGAGAGACCGCCGAGGUUUGCAAUCGAUAGGNNGGGGAGUAUGGUGGCGGUGGACGAGCCGGUGGGAGUGGAGGCUGAGCACGCGGUGCAGAGGCAGGAUUCUGUUGUCAGCGAAGACGGAGCUGAGCACGAGCACGAGCACGAACACUCUGGGCUGAGGACGAGACCGCAAGACAUGGAGAAGCAGAAAGGCCAUCAUGAUAUUUGA